AUUUAUCCAAAGUGCGGUAAACUUAUAUCCAACUGGUGUUAUUGCAUGUCCUUGUAGAAAGUGCAAGAACAAAAAAUGGAUGACAUGGGAUAUUGUUAAGCAACAUUUAUUUGAAAAGGGUUUUGUGGAAGAUUAUUAUGUAUGGGAGGCACAUGGGGAGCCACAUAAUUCAAAUGGAUUAGUUUAUUUGAAUGAAAGUAGCUCAUCUCAUGUCAACACAUCUGAAGGGCAAUAUGAUCCGUACAAAUCAAUGUUUGAAGAUGCAAUAAGGAAUGAACUCCCAAUGGGAUUUGAUCACGGUGAGGCUGCAGAUGAACCUUGUCCUAUCACAACACAAAUGUAUGAAAUGUUGGAUACAAUGAGCCAACCGUGUUUCGAUGGCUGUCCGAUGACGCAAUUGAGUGCAAUGACAGAAAUGCUGAAUAUAAAGACUGAGAUGCAUUUAUCAGAGGCUGCAAUGGAUAGAAUUUCUCAAUUCGUAAAUAGGUUUUUCCCAUCAAGCAUCCCAAACAAUCCAAUUCCAAAUUUCAACAAAAUCAAAAGAAAACUAUCUGUGUUAGGAAUGAGCCAUCAAUCCAUCGACUGUUGCCCGAACGGGUGCAUGUUAUAUUGGAGAGCAGAUAGUGAGUUAUUGGAAUGUAAAUUUUGCUCAACUGCAAGGUACGACAUUAGCAACCAGUCAAAUAAAUGUAUUCCACUUGCAAAAAUGGAGUAUUUUCCUCUUACUCCUAGGCUGCAACGACUCUAUGCUUCAGCUGCUACAGCAGAUGAUAUGAGGUGGCAUAAAUUUCACCACAGUGAGGAAGGAGUAAUGCGCCACCCGUCGGAUGCAAAGGAGUGGAUUCAUGUUGAUAAUGUUUAUCUAGAGUUUGCUGCAGAUCCGAGAAAUGUGAGACUUGGUCUAUGCACAGAUGGGUUCCAACCUUUUGGUCAAUUUGGACAACAAUAUUCAUGUUGGCCUGUGAUUGUGACACCGUAUAAUUUGCCUCCAGGUAUGUGUAUGAAACAACAAUUCUUAUUUUUAACUAUAUUAGUUCCAGGACCAAGGAAUCCAGCGAAAGGGAUCGAUGUGUACCUGCAACCACUGGUGGAGGAGCUUAAGGAAUUGUGGGAGGUUGGUGUCACAACAUAUGACGCAGUUUCACAGCAUAACUUUAAUAUGAGAGCGAUUUUGCUAUGGACGAUUAGUGAUCUUCCAGCAUAUGCGAUGUUAUCAGGAUGGACCACAAAGGGAAAGUUUGCAUGUCCAUAUUGUACUGAGUUUACUGAAGCAUUCUGGCUACCCCACAGUAAAAAGCAUAGUUGGUUUGAUAAUCACAGGAAGUUUUUACCAGGUGACCAUCCAUUUCGGUUUGAUGAGAAUAACUUUACUAAAGGUAAAUCAAUCUUGUAUGGUCCUCCGAUUCACAGGGAUGGGUUGUACUGCUAUGAUGAGGUAAAUGGUUUUAUGUCAGUUACUGAAUUGGGUGGUAUGGAGCAUAAUGCAAUUGUUGGAAAAAAUAUUGGAUGGAAGAAGCGUAGCAUCUUUUGGGAUCUCCCGUACUGGAAGGAUUUGCUCAUAAGACACAACCUUGAUGUCAUGCACAUAGAGAAGAAUUUCUUUGAAAAUAUCUUUUAUACAAUUUUGGGAGUACCAGGAAAAUCGAAGGAUCAUACGCAAGGGAGAAUAGAUAUGGAACAAAUUUGUCAUAGGCCGAGCAUGGAGAGAGACUCUCGGGGGAAAUACCCUAAAGCUCCUUUCACCCUUUCAAAUGAACAAAAAGGUGUCUUGAUCAACUGGAUUGAUUCAUUAAAGUUCCCAGAUGGUUUUGCAUCUCGAUUAGGGCGUUGUGUGCAAAUGGACAAACUUAAGGUAUUUGGUAUGAAGAGCCAUGAUUGUCAUGUCUUCAUGCAACGCCUACUCCCGGUUGCUUUUAGAGAGAUGCUACCUGAUUGGAUUUGGGAGGCCAUUACGGAGAUUAGCUUAUUCUUUCGUGAGCUAACAAGAAAGACUAUAUUGGUCCGUGACAUUGAGAAGCUAAAGGAAGAUAUCCCCGUGAUCAUGUGCAAGUUGGAGAAGAUUUUUCCACCCUCAUUCUUUGAUCCUACAGAACACCUUGUUGUGCACUUACCAGAUGAAGCUUUGCUUGGGGGGCCUCCACAAUAUCGAUGGAUGUAUCGUUUUGAAAGGUAGAUGUUAAAACUUAUUAUAUAGUCAUAUGUUUUUUUACUUGAUAUCUUCUCUGUAUCGUUCCAAUUUUAUCGGAUGUCCCCGAAGGGACUUUUUACUUGAUAUCUUAUUUCUUACAAUCUUUGUAGUUUCUUGGGAUCGGUGCUAAAGACAAAAGUUGGAAAUAAAGCUAGGGUUGAAGCAUCUAUUAGGGAAGGUUAUUUGCAAAGUGAAAUGGGAACAUUUGCAAGCUAUUACUUUCCGGAGGAUGUAACCACAAAAGCACAUCGUAUCCCCAGGUUUGAUGAUGGGUGCAUGAUUAACACUGAUUUUAGUGUUUCAGUUUUUGCACAGAAGGCAAAAACGAUUGGUGCAAGUACGAGGCGGUAUAUGGAUCAAAAUGAAUCCAAUGCUGUCCACUCAUAUGUAUUGCGAAACUGUCCGGAGAUUGAAUCAUUCAGAGAAAUGUUCCUCAACACAACAAGGUCAACAAGUUCCUUUGAUGCCUUGUUACAAACAGAAUUCCCUCUUUGGUUUUAUCACCAUGUGCAAAAUGACAUGACCGAUCAUCCUCGGUGGGUUCGUGCUUUAUCUGGAUUUCCUUCUCCCUAUGUGACAACCUACCAGGCACUCAAUAUAAAUGGUUAUAAAUUCAACACUAUUACAAGAUCUGAAGUUAGA